AUGCUUCACAUUUCUAAAAAAAUAUACUCAAGUUUGUUUUUUAUUUCAUUUUUACCUUUGUUCCAAUCUGAAUGUUGGGAUAGCCUCAAGGGUGGCUCAUGUUAUCCAGGAUUUUUUUAUAACUGCACGCAAUGCAGCAAAUGUCCUGAAAAUCAUUACAUUGAUAGAAUUCAGACCUUUAAAAAUGCAACUAAAUGUAAGAAACAUACAUCCUGCAAUGAAGAUCAAAUAAUCGAUGAGCCCGGUACAAGCACAAGAGAUACAACAUGUAAGUGUCGAGAUGGAUACGUUUACGACAGUUCCAGCGAAUCAAAAUGCAUAAAAACAGUUGAAACAACAGUUAUCCAAAUAACUAAUACAACUACACCAUUACUAUCAGUACCUGCUGCAGAUGAAGCGUCCUUCAGUCCUACAACCAUUUGUGCUAUUGUCUUGGCAUCAACAGGAGGUGCGAUCUUCGUUGUUGUUGUUACUCUUUUAAUUCGAAGACGAAUAUCUCCCAAAAGGACAAGAGAACUUGAAGUUGAUCUCACAGAACCUAAAACCGAUUUAACAAAGAACAUAAACUCAAAUCGAGUCUCUUUGUGCCGUGAUAUGAUCCAAAGUGCAAAGUUUUGGGGCGUAUUGAAAGACGGUGGAGUAUACAGCCACGAUGAACAAGAAAAAUGCCAGAACAACGAAAAAUCAAAAUCUGGAGCGAAUUCGCGUUUGUUAGAUUUCGCUGUUAAAAAUGUUGAUAAAAUAAAUAAACUUGUUGAUGCAUUACUGAUAACUGGUCAAGAACAUCUGGCUCGGUUAAUUGAUGAAAAUGCAAUUAAAGAAAUAGACGCCAAAAAAUAUUCAAAUUGGAAAAAGCACGGUAGUCCUCCUAAAGAAAAAAUUAUUUUUAAUUUUUAUAAAUUGAUAGCAGAACUACGAAUAACCGAAGAGUUAGCCCAAUAUUUAAGGCAAAAUUGUAACUUUUCAGAAGAAGAUUAUAAUUUACUCGGGGGAAAAACUACUGAUGAAAAGGUGGACUUGAUAUUGGAAUGGUGCCUUAGAGAUCCCAGUAGGAUAAAAUGUUUUGCUGAAGCCUUAGAAAACGCGGGGUAUUCAAAACAUGCUGAAUUUUUAUCCGUUUAA